AUGUUGGUAGGGUCAGGACAACACAAUCCAGAAAGAAAAAUAUUUCGUUUUUCGAUGGUCAUUGACACUUCCGGCGUGAAGUGCUCAGACGACUGCCUGGCUAAAUAUAAUGAACUCAAACUGAAGAAAACUUGUCGCUAUAUUUUGUACAAAAUUGAGGACCAGAAGGAAAUUGUCAUUGAUCAAAUUGGUGACAGAAAUUGCACUUUUGAUCAAUUUAAGACAGAGUUGGAGAAUCUUGAAAAAAGUGCGCGCUACGCAGUCCUUGAUUUUGAGUCUGACAGCAAUAAAUCGCAUUUACUUUUUAUCUCAUGGAUUCCUGAUAAUGCAAGUGUCCGCGAGCGAAUGUUGUACGCAUCUUCUGUUGAUGCGUUGAAAUCUCAACUCACCGGAUUUAAAAGCUACCUCCAGUUGAACGAAAAAUCCGAUUUGACAAGGGAAAACUUCAUGGAUUCGCUUCCUGUUGAACUGAUCUCCAUCGCUCCGCGGCCGCCUUUGUAG